AUGGCCGUCAUAGUCCAAACCGCCGCGCUGGGGUUGGGAGCAGCCGCCCUGCUGCUGCUCUCCUACGCCAUUGGCACCGCCAUCUACAACGUAUAUUUCCACCCGCUGCACAAAUUCCCUGGACCCAAGUUCGCCGCCGCCUCCAAGAUUCCCUAUGCCAUAAACCGCUGCCGCGGGCUCCAGGCCAAAUGGACCAAGGCCAUGCACGACAAGUACGGCGACGUCGUCCGUCUGGCCCCCGACCAGCUCUCCUUCACAUCCGUCGAGGCCUGGAGAGACAUCUACGGCCACAAGGUCGGAGGCAGGGGUGGAAUGUCCAAAGACUUGACGUUCUACGGCCCCGACAGCGCUGGCUUCAACGGUAUCAUCAGAACGAACGACGAGGACCACGCACGGCACCGCCGCCUCCUCGCCCACGCCUUCUCCGACAAGGCGUUGCGCGAGCAAGAACCGCUCAUCAACAAGUAUGUCUCACUCCUCGUCGAGAAACUCUCCGACGCGGCCUCGGCCGCCGACGGCAUCGACAUGGUGCGCAUGUACAACUACUGCACCUUCGACAUCAUGGGUGACCUCGCCUUUGGCGAGCCGCUCGGCCUGCUCGAGCAAUCCGACUACACGCCCUGGGUGGCCUCCAUCUUCGGCGCCAUCAAGACGGGCGUCAUGAUCGCCACAAUCUCCAACAACUUCCCCACCCUCGGCGCCGCCAUCCAGCGCUUCUUCAUCACCCCGGCCAUGAUCGAGAAGCGCAAGAUGCACCGCGCCUUCGCCGAGGGCCGCGUCGACACCCGCCUCGCCAACCGCGACACGGACCGCCCGGACAUCUGGACCUUCGUCCUGCGCCACAGCGGCAAGGACGACGCCGACAAAGGGCUCCGCCUCGAGGAGAUGCACGCCAACGGCUCCACCCUCAUGCUCGCCGGCACCGAGACCACCGCCACCCUCCUCUCCGGCCUGACCUUCCACCUCCUGCAAAACCCAUCCAAGCUCGCCGCCCUCGCCCGCGAGGUCCGCGCCGCCUUCGCCGACCCCGCCGACAUGAACAUGAUGACCCUCGCCCGCCUGCACUACCUCAGCGCCUGCCUCGAGGAGGGGCUGCGCAUGUACCCGCCCGUGCCCGUCGGCCUGCCGCGCAUCGUGCCCGCCGGCGGCAGGGUCGUGUGCGGCGAGCCCGUCCCCGCGGGCACCAGCGUCUAUCUCAGCCACUACGCCGCGUACCGGAGCGCGCGCAACUUUUGCGACCCGGAGAGCUUCGUGCCGGAGAGGUGGCUCGGCAGCGACGAGGAGGGCAAGCCGGACCCGAGGCGGGAGGAGAAGUACGAGGGGGAUGUGCGGGCCGUCAUGGAGCCGUUCAGUUACGGGCCGAGGAACUGCAUCGGGAAGAACCUCGCUUACCACGAGAUGCGCCUCAUCCUCGCCAACGUCCUCUGGCACUUUGACCUCGAGCUCUGCCCCGAGAGCAACGACUGGGUGAACCAGGGCGUCUACACCAUCUGGGAGAAGGGCCCCCUGAAGUGCAAGCUCAAGCCCGUUGCGAGGAGCUAG